UCUCUCUCCCUUUCCCUUCUUCUUCCCACGCCUCUCUCCUAUCCCUUUUUGCCAGCUGCUCUUCAUGCCUUCUCUUAGCUUCCCUGCAGACAAUCCUGGCACAUCCCCUACUGUUAAUGUCCGACACUUGUAUUGUGUGUUUAGGAGACCUUGGCGAAAGCGCCAGCGAUCCUCUUGCCGUCACCGCCGAGGCCGCGCCAAGACCUGAUCUCGGAGUAGAUGGCAAGCCCAAUGACCUUCCUAUCGAGCCGAACGGCGUGGACGGCAAUGAGGACGCUGGUCAGAUCGCCCAGUUACUCCCUUGCGGCCAUAUCCUGCACAAUAAUUGCCUGGCACCAUGGGUCGAACGUGCCAACAGCUGUCCCAUUUGCCGCCGCAGCUUCAAUGUGGUGGAGCUGAGGGAGCAACUCGGAGGGCCCGUGUUGUCAUCUUACUCCGUGCAAGACCGAACACAGGUGGCGGAUGUUGAUCCCUCCAUGGUAAUAGAAUAUUUGGAUGAUGAUCUGGCCGAGUUCCAACCGUGUCUCAUUUGUGGAGAUGCAGAUAAUGAUGAGCUCCUGCUUCUCUGCGAUGCGUGCGAUGCCCCGUCCCACACCUACUGCGUCGGGCUCGAUACGGUGCCGUCCGGGCCUUGGUAUUGUUCGCGGUGCCUCAUCCAACGCACGUCGGGAUCGUCCUCCGAAUUGGCCGAACGAUCCCUCCGGACUCCGGACCGCCGCGGUCGCCGCACGAGGGCACAGCAGCGGAGACUGCAGAGCAGGAACCAGAUGAACUCUGUCCACUGGGCACGGGUAUGGCAGUCCGUCUGGGAUCAUCUUAACCUUGACUUGGAUUUUCCUUUUGAUGAUGACAGGGCUGCAGAGCGUGCCCGCCAGCAACAAAGACGCGAAGAAGCCAAUCAGCGAGAGUUUCGCGUCUGGCAGCGUCGGUUUGAGGUCGCGGAGCAGCAGGGUGGCAGCAAUCGAUUCAGAGACACUGCUGCUCUCCUCGACCUGGAAGUUCCUCGCCCAUCACGACCUCGUGUUCCACGGGAACCCACUCCGGAACCCGAGUCUCUCGAGGAAAUGAGAGCCUGGAAUGCUUUCGAGCGAGCUCGGGAGAUUGAAAACAAUCCGAGUGCCGCAAGAAAGAGAAAGGAGCCCACCAUGUCGCCUUCACCGGAGCCCACUGAGCCGGAGAGAAAGCUGAAGCGACCGCGAACCCGCAGAGCUCAGGACCUGGCGGCUCUGGCUACGCAGAAUGGGGAAUCUUCCCGAACUGCUAGCGCCCAAGCUUCCGCUCGAAUCAACGCCGAGGGUUCGAGCGAGCCUAGCUUCCUUCAAUCUCUCCUCAAGGAAGUAGAGGACUCUUCCACUCCCCGCGGUGCCAACUCGCAAGGCCCCUCCGCCCAAGCUUCAGUCGCACCGACCGACCAUCCAACGCCUGGUCCGUCAUCCCCGUCAAUAUCGCCUGCCCCUUCCAACCACUCGUCUCCCUAUUUAUCAUCUUCAACACCACCGCCGCACCUUCGGAGCAGGCCAAUUUCUCCAAUUCAGCUCGCGUCCCCCAUGGUCCCAUCUUCUCCACUAUUUUCACCAGACGUAUCGCCAGCAGGCACUGGCAAUGACACCAAGGAAGAUACGCCAUCGCGACCGGCCGCUGAGCGGCCUCAGCCGCGUGUGCCAAGGGCAUGGUUGCAAUCAUCAGGAGCACGGUCCAACGAUAGUUCUCCGACCCGUACCAAGCCGUCUUCGGCUGUCAAAUCCGACAUCCAAAGACUUGUUGGGGCAGCGCUUAAACCAUACUACCGCUCAAGAAUCAUCUCGAAGGAUGAGUAUACUGAUAUCAAUCGGAGUAUAUGUCGGAAACUUUAUGAGCGCGUUGGGGGUAUCGGAUCCCUCGAGGCAGAUGUGAAGGAAAAUUUAGAAAGCACGGCCAAGGACGAGGUGGAGAGUGCCGUUGAUUCCCUCAAACAGAAACAGAGGAGCAUCAACGACCAUGAUGAUAGUGCUUGAUAUAUGAAUUUCAUACGGCAUGUGCCGGCGUUUAUGCAGCGAUUUAGCUUGGUUCCAUUGGGGAAAGCAUCUUCUCGGGCGUUUAUCUAUGACCUGCCGGAAGGGAUACCAUGGAGAUAUCUGUUUUAUUGUUUCUUUUUUCUGGAGUCUACGGUGGCAAGCUUGGGAUUAGCAUGAAGCGCAAGUCAACCUUUGUAGCUGUCCCCUCUUGAUGUUGUAUGAUUGAGAGGAUUUUCCAUCAAUAAUAUAUUACCAUCAGCCCGUCUUGAUGGCG